AUGCCGUUGCCAGACGAAGCGGCUCGCUCUCAACUUGUGAAACGAUCAAAACGAUACGGAGAUGCCCACAGCAGGCCUAUGCUUCUCGCCCGACCAUUACUCGCUAAGCUAAUAGGAAUAGUCGGUUUACGAUUUAUAGCCUUCCUGGAUAUAAGACUAAUAAGCUCGCUUAAGAAGUAUCUUAAGCAGUCCCACGCUCUAACCUCGGCUACCGCGGAUUUUACCGUCGGCUAUACGCUCUGGCCUAUAAUAAAGAGUAUGCUUCUAAACGCCCCCCCCGGAUACGUGUUAGCGACUUCGGCGCCGCUAAGAGGAAGGCUCGCAGCCUUUGCCUUUAGUUAG